AUGGAAAAUUUUCGACGUGAUAUUACUUAUAGCGCUCUAAACAACGAAUUAACUCCGCCACUAGCGAGAUCAGCAGAAAACAUAAAUACUCCAACAAUGAUUACUCUGGAUCAUGAACAUGAUGAUGCUACUAAUGUAAUAAUCCACAAAGUACCUCAAACUAAAGGAGGAUGGAAUCAUAUAGAAGAUCUUGAUUCAUUUUUUACAAAAAUGUAUAGAUAUUAUGUUAGGGGAGGGUUUUAUCCAAUGAUUAUGUCAGAUUUGCUGUAUUUGUUACAAUUUAUAUUUAUUGUGUGGUUCUCUACAUUUCUGGUGCACUGUGUAGAUUAUCCAAGAUUAUUUAGGAAUGAUCCAAAAGCAAACAGAAGUGAAAAACUUAGUUUAAAUGAUGUUAUAAUUCCCACUUCAGUAUGUGUUGGUUAUAUAUCAUGGAAAUGGUGGUGUCUAAUUGUAUUGUGUGCAAUUAUUUGGUUCAUGAGAUUGGUUAUAUCAAUAUAUCAUUUAUAUUAUGCGUAUGACACUAAAUUAUUCUAUAGUAAUGCUUUAAAAAUUAAGGAGAGUGAUUUAGCUUGGGUAAACUGGUCCACGAUACAGGAAAGAGUGAGGGAAGCACAGCCUGAACAUCACAUGUGUGUACAUAAACAAGAGAUCAACGAACUAGAUAUUUACCACAGAAUACUCAGGUUUAACAAUUACAUGGUGGCAAUGGUUAAUAAGAAUUUGCUUCCUCUACAAAUACAUGUGCCCUUUGUUGGAGACUUCCAUUAUUUGAGCAGAGGCCUUAAAUGGAAUUUGGAGUUCCUUUUAUUUUAUAGCCCAUGGAGUCCGUGGGAGAACUGUUGGCAGUUACGCGGCGUGUACAAGGACCAUACCAAGCGAAUGAUGCUGGCGCGACAACUUGAGAGGCAGAUAGUUCUACUGGCCUUGGUCAACUUGCUUCUAGCCCCGCUCAUACAGGCCUGGCAGAUACUUUACUUCUUCUUUAAUUAUGCAGAGCUGAUAAAGCGAUCGCCAGGGUCCUUAGGUCUUCGUACUUGGUCAUUGUAUGCGAGAGUGACCCUCCGGCAUUUCAAUGAGCUGGAACAUGAACUCCGUGAUAGACUUAACAGAGCGCACAAACCUGCAACAAAGUACCUCGCGAGCUUCACUUCCCCCAUCACUACUGUUAUAGCUAAGAAUGUAGUGUUUUUGUCAGCGAGCGUGCUGGGCGUGCUCGUGGUGCUGUCGGUGUACGAUGAGGACGUGCUGACGGUCGAGCACGUGCUCACCAUCAUCACGAUACUCACAUGUGUGCUAGCUGGAGCCAGAGCCCUCAUAGGUGAGGAGGAAAGGCUGGGUGGGGGGUGUGCGGGCCCCGCGCGGGGGGAGGAGUUGUUGGUGCAGGUGUUGGGCCACGUGCACUACUUGCCCGCCGCGUGGAGGGGACGAGCGCAUACUAAGGACGUCGCUGCGCAUUUUCAAGACCUUUUUCAGUUUAGAGCGGCGUACAUACUGUUCGAGCUACUGAGUCCGCUGCUAUGCCCUUUGGUGCUGCUCUCACUGCGCACGCGAGCUCUUGAUGUCGUCGACUUCUAUAGGAACUUCACCGUGAGCGUGCUCGGUAUAGGCGACGUCUGCUCUUUUGCUCAGCUCGACAUUCGCCGUCACGGUCAUCCAGACUGGCAAGUACAUGGCAAGAAUGCAGACAAAGGCAACACCCAGUACAACCAAGGCGAGGGCGGUAAGACGGAGCUGUCGCUGGUCGCGUUCUCGUGCAGACAUCCCGGCUGGCAGCCGGCCGAGCCCUCGCAGCGACAGUUCCUGCGCUCGCUGCGCCAGACCAUGCACCACGCGAUACCCGCGCAGAACCCACUUAAUAAAACAAUGCUAGGCUCCUACAUACAGCAGAGUAUAUUUGGAACGAACACGCCGCUCCCGGCGGUGCUGUCUUGCUACCAACAGCAGAGACAGCAUUAUAGACUGCCCGACAUGGACGAGACUAGCGACGAGGAGGAGGGCAGUUCCCGGGCGGCGGGACUGGCGGGCGCGAGCGGUGCGCUCGGCGCCAGCGCGCUGGGCCUCGCGCAGCCCGACCUGCCCGACGAGGCGCGCGACAUGUCCGUCAGCACGCUGCAUCUGUACGACAUACACUUGUCGCAGGCGGAACGAACGGCGAACGUGUCGGCGUGUUGCACGAACAACUGCAGCGAGCGCCGUCGGGGGGACAGGUGGGAGAGCGGGGAGCACACGCCCCUCCUACAAAGGCCA